AGGCCAUUCCGGCCCCGCGCUCAGCCAAUGGGCUUCUGCGCACCGCCCCCUGGAGGAGAGGCGCAUGCGCAGUGGGAAAGCGCUGGGUUUUCGAACGAGCGGCCGGGCGCGCAGGCUUCAGAGGCGGCGGCCCCGGCACCAGCGCUGGGCGACAGGGCUGUCGGCGACAUGGCAGAGGCGCUGAAUCAUUUAAAAAAAGAUUACAGAGCAAGAUUCUGCAAUGGAGAAAGUAAGCAGCAGAUCGACAUUCUGCCAGGCCAAAAUGUGCUGAAAAUUAUACAAGAUCGUUUUGGAAGUUGUGUUGAUGAUAUUACAACAUAUUCUCCAAACCUAACACGAUGCUCAACCCCCAUUGAUAUAAUCCAAAAAGAGAAAGAGAAAAUAUUGCAGAAAAGUUCAGGUUUAUUUGACUUGGUGACUAAGACCUUUACUGGUAGUCCAUCUUUAACUCUAUCUCCAGUAAAAACAGCUGACAGCACAGCAGAACAGUCACUUGCAACACAUCAGAAAUCUGCAAUACUUAAAGACAUUGAUUCUAAUGAAACAAAGCAGCAUGUGGUAGAAGAAAAAAGCUCACAUGACAAUGACAUUACGGACACUAAGGAUCUCGUUGCUUCUAGCAAGCAAGAUGAUGUCUCAGAAGAUGUUGAAACCACAAGUCAAAAUCUUGCUGACACUUCUGAAGAUGAGGAUAUGGAUGUGGCCAUGGGGUCACCUGUUCUUUUGGAAGAAGCAAAACUGUCUCCUGUAUGCUUACAUACAGAAAUUGAAAGCUCGGCAGUAUCUCAGUCAAUGGAAGAAGAUCAAGUUGCUCCAAUGGAAAGAGUAAAAUGUCUUACUGUGCCUUCUGAACAGAAAGUAAAGAAGCCUUUUUCUUCAGCACUUUUAACAGCCAUGACAACAGAAACAAUUGAAAAAAGUAAGCAGCAGAUCGACAUUCUGCCAGGCCAAAAUGUGCUGAAAAUUAUACAAGAUCGUUUUGGAAGUUGUGUUGAUGAUAUUACAACAUAUUCUCCAAACCUAACACGAUGCUCAACCCCCAUUGAUAUAAUCCAAAAAGAGAAAGAGAAAAUAUUGCAGAAAAGUUCAGGUUUAUUUGACUUGGUGACUAAGACCUUUACUGGUAGUCCAUCUUCAGCUCCAUCUCCAGUAAAAACAACUGACAGCACAGCCAAACAGUCACUUGCAACACAUCAGAAAUCUGCACUACUUAAAGACAUUGAUUCUAACAAAACAAAGCAGCGUGUGGUAGAAGAAAAAAGCUCACAUGACAAUGACAUUACGGACACUAAGGAUCUUGUUGCUUCUAGCAAGCAAGAUGAUGUCUCAGAACGUUUUGAAACCACAAGUCAAAGUCCUGCUGACACUUCUGAAGAUGAGGAUAUUGAUGUGUCCAUGGGGUCACCUGUUCUUUUGGAAGAAGCAAAACUGUCUCCUGUAUGCUUACAUACAGAAAUUGAAAGCUUGGCAGUAUCUCAGGCAAUAGAAGAAGAUCAAGUUGCUCCAAUGGAAAGAGUAAAAUGUCUUACUGUGCCUUCUGAACAGAAAGUAAAGAAGCCUUUUUUUUCAGCACUUUUAACAUCCAUGACAACAGAAACAGUUGAAAAGCGCUAUUCAGCCCCUGUAUUGCCACCAGCUGCUACUCCUGCGAAAGAGCUAGAGAUGGAGAUAGAACAUGAUUGUGAGUUUUUAAUUGAUGAAUCAGAAGAAGAUUCUUUUACAUCCUGGUUUUCAAUACCAAAAAAGAAAAAACAAACAGAAAAGACUAAAAAUGAUGAAAACAUACAGAAAUCUGCCAAGACCCCAAAUCAGAAAAAUACCACAGCUUUGAAACAGAAAGACCAAACAUUUACUGUGCCACUUGUUGAAUCAAGCACAAAUACAUACUACAGAACAAGAGAAGAUUCAUCUGGGUCUUCAAAUACAGCUUCACAUUCAUCAGAGCAGGCUCUUUCUUCAAAAGAGAAUCAUUAUUCUCAAAAUUAUUACCAAUCCAUUUCAAAAAAUGCUCCCUACUCAUCCCACAAGAAACAAACUGAUAAGCAGAAACUUUCAGAAGUUAAAUCACCUGAAAAACUGGGAGAUAAAAAAAACAAAGUUAGGAAGCCUGCUCAGAAAGCUACCAGUAGAAGAUUGAGAGUGAAAGUCUCAGAGGAGAGUUCUGUAAAUCAGUCUGAAGAGGAAAUGAAAGAAAGUGAACUUUUACAAUCAGAUGAGGUGGUCAUCCCAUCAUUGCAAUGGGAAUCACUUACUUCUGCAUCACAAAAGUCCUUGAAGUUGUUAAAACCUAAACAUAGGUUAAAUUCAUUAGGAUCAGUUGAUGGUGUCUGUAUCAAAAGCCCUGCCAAAUUUCAGGAAUCUCUACAGAAUUUCAUAGACAGUACACCAAAUGCUGGUGGUGGGAAAAGAGAAUCAGCCAAGUCUCCAAGGAAGGCAUCUCGUAAGAGGACUCGAAAAAUAAAUAAAAUGGUGUGCUCAGGUCCUGAAGAUACUGAAACUAGCAGUGCAUCAGUCCACGAGGACUCUUCUCUUCAAGGCAUGGCACAGCAAAAAUGCAGGAAGGUGGAUGUAUCUGUAAAAACAAAAAAAGACCAAAAAAAGAGGAAUGUGCAUAGGUCACAAAGCUCUUCAGUAUCUGAAGAAACAAUGCAUCAUCACAGUGGGCCUGUUCAGACACAGUAUGUUACACAUACUUCAAAAAAUGACAAGCCCAUUGCUUGUGAAUUGGACAGUUCAUCCUCAGAUACUUUUGUGGAAAGUGACCUGACUAUCAGGCGUUCAUUAAGGCAUAAACUAGUAAAGCCUUCCAACACUCCCAAUGUUCGCCGAACAAAAAGAACACGACUAAAACCUCUGGAAUAUUGGCGAGGAGAGCGUGUCAACUAUAUGAGUAGGCCUUCAGGAGGUUUUGUGAUUGCUGGAGUAGUGCGUCCAGUAUCACCUGAAAAAGUUAAGAAGAAGAGAAAUCACCAUGUUCAGAAAAAAAAACUUGAUAGAGUUGAAGAUUUGGAUGUUUCCUUGGCAGAUGCUUCUAAGCCAACUGCUGUAUGGGACCCAGCAGUUAAUGGAGAGGUUUUUUUGGAGUGUAUUAGCACUGGACAUAAUCAUUCCUUCUUCUUUAAAGAUGAGUCAGUGGAAAUAUAUAAACACCUGAAUACAUCUGUUUUUGCUACUGGUAAACUGAUCUUGAAACCACUUAAAGAAAAGGGGUAUCAGUUUAUCCACAUGGAUAAAAUAGCUUUCCAUGUGGUUCAUGGGAGAGUUAUUUUUACCUUGCACGAGACAUCAUAUCAUCUGUCUACAGGAGAUUUCUUCUAUGUUCCAGCAGGAAAUGCAUACAACAUACGCAACCUCCUGAAUGAAGAUAGUAUUCUCAUUUUUACGCAGCUGAAAGGAGAAAGUUCCCUCGUGUGUUAUGAUACAGUCUUUAAUUGCGUAUGACAGGCCAGUCAUACAAGAUUCCUUUUAGCCUUACCAGCAAAUUGCAGAUCAUCUUGCGUUGGAUAUUGUAAAUAAUUCCAUUAUUACUUUAAAAGUUAAAUUUCCUUCAGUCUUGGAUAUCUUGUUUCACGGAUAUUGGAACAGACUUUUUCAUCUGUAAAUUGUUAAUUUGUGGAAUAUAUAAAUGGAUGCAAGUUUUCUGGUUUUAUAUCAAUAAAUAUUAAAAUUGU